AUGCCAUUCGGAACCUCCGGUUCAUGGCCUGACUCAUACCACGAUGUGAUAAAGUACCACUACGCGCAGUACGACAAGGCCAUUGCAUCCGGAGACUACCAACCGUUGUUGUAUCCAUGGGCAGGCAUAGACUUGCUACUGGUCACCAUAUACCUUUUGAUUCCGCACCAGAACCGGCCAUGGCUGAAGAAAUGCCGGUUCCUGGCCUUCGCAUGGGUGCUCUUGUGUGCAGCGUUCAAGAUUAGAUACACGCUGAUGAGAGGGUUGGCACCAGCACUGGUCAAUGGAUUGAUUAACUCAUGGAUGACGAUCUGGGUGUUUGCGAUACUCGUGUGCAAUGAUGCACAAACAGAUUUCAUGAGGAUCGAGAGAACCACGGGUGUCUUUGGGUCGAGCAAACGGAGUCUAUUCAAUGGGUCUUCUGCAACAAAAGAGACGGACGAUCACAAGACGGCCCGAGACGAUGUCGUCAACAACUCAACUGGUCCAAAGGAUCGUCACGGCGAAUUCGCGUGGCAACCCUUCCCCCUCAGUCCCAUGCUGGAGCGACUAGAUUGGGUUAAUGACAUUCUGUUCAACUUUCGUGGCAUGGGCUGGAACUGGCGCAUCUCGGCCGUGCCUCCGCCCCCCAAAGCGAUUCAGACUCAGCUUCACCACAACUCAGGCGACAUUGUGCCCAAGCACUCGUUCAAGACGCACGCCGGCCAAGUGAAGCAGUACGCGACGCGCGGAGAGCUUCUCCGCAGCAACCUCCGCACACUGGCAACGGGCUACCUCGCCCUUGACAUCAUCAAAACAGCCAUGAUGCACGACCGUUACUUUUGGGGCUACAUCAAUCACGACCCGCCAUCCUACUUGCCCUCCCUAAUCACCAGCUCGCCACACAUGACUCACGCAUACCGCAUGCUGCUCUCAAUGCUCGGCAUCAAAUUUGCCCUGCAAUGUGUCUUCGCCCUUGCGCCCCUCUUCUUCAGCGGCGUCCUGUCACCCUCGCUGCUCGGCGCCCGCGCGGAACCAUGGAUGUACCCGGAGACGUGGGCGCCUUACAGUGUCGUGCUGGACCACGGCAUCGCCGGCUGGUGGGGCAACUGGUGGCAUCAGACAUUCCGCUUUGCGUUUCAAGAGCCCAGCCGUAAGCUGUUUGAAGUGCUGCGGCUGGAUAGGAAGAGUAAGGCGGCCAAGAUGCUGCAGUUGCUGAUUGCGUUCUUCCUAAGUGGCGUCGUGCAUGCAAGUGGGAGUGUGACUUGUGUAGGCGACACGCAGCCUCUGCAGGGUCCCAUGGCGUUCUUCUUGCUCCAAGCUGUUGCUAUCUUUGUAGAGACUUGGCUCACGCAGCUUGCGCGUGCGGCCGGCGUAGGGCGGGGUUUACCUGGGUGGCUGAAGAGAACUUGGACAUUUGUCUAUGUCCAUGUUUGGUUCUACCUUACUGCUCAUCUACUGUGCGAUGACUUUGCACGAGGCGGCGUAUGGCUCUUUGAGCCUGUGCCAAUUUCGAUUCUCCGCGGCGUGGGUCUGGGUCCUGAUAAGCACGAUGGAUGGUUGUACUGGAGUGGUCAGGUAAUUCGCUGGCAUGCUGGGGAGACGUGGUGGAAGAGCGGUCUGACUUUGUGA